CAUCUAGAGUCUAGAGUUAGAGUGAAGACUUGGACUCACUAGCAAGAUAGAUCUAGAAUCUAGAGUCUAUUUAGAUCUAUUCCAGAUCUAGUAUGAUUUAGUGCCAGAUCUAGAAUACUAGAUUAUUCUAGAUCUAGUCUAUGAUUGUAACACUAGUCACUAGAUUAGAUUGUCUAGAUUUUAGAUAAGAUAUCUCUGAAAUAUCUGUACUGUUGAUAUUGAUAGACUCGGAAUACUCGGAUAGAAUCUAAAAUCUAGAUUAUUCUAGAUAGAUCAUAUAAUGUCUAGAUAUUCAUUUAAUUCAUCAUAUUGACAUAGUCGACAUAGAUCUAUAUUAUAAAUGUAUAUCAUUGAAUUGAAUCAUAUGAUUUAAUAUCUUUCGAAGGAAUUGAAUUAAAUAUUAAAUUAAACAUUUGAGUUUGAGCCUAUUUGAGAUCUUGGCUCUUUGAUCAUGAGGGGUAAUUUAAAUAUUAUUAGUGGCAACUGCCCUAAUUGUCAGAAAAAAAUGUUUUUUCCUGAGCAUGAGGCAAGUGUUGAGUGUACAGGAUGUGGCCAGAGACAUGCUCAGUCCAAUCUACAAAAUCUGCAAGUCACAGGAAUGCUUGAAGCUAUACAAAAUUUGCUGGAGAAAUUGAGACAGAGAGACGCUGGACAAAUGCCUAUUCCUGAUCAAGAUUCCAGCAAAGUGAAUGGACUCUCCAAUUAUCUGUGUGCCAUGCUGUCACCAUUACUCACAACUCAUGGCAUGGACAAAGUAACUGGAACAGCUAAGCUACUUACUGAAAUGGGAAAGUCAUCCAUUUUUGACUGCUCCCAACUGGCAGACAGAGCUUUCCUUAUAGAUCCAGAACACAUGAAUGUUCCUGGCUAUGGCAGAGACAAAAGUGGAAGUGUUGAGUAUUUAAAGCAGACUCUGGGCAUCAUUAAGAAAUGUAAUGAGAAUGAGGAAAGAUUGGUUCCCAUACAUGCUGAUGGUGAUGGUCACUGUUUAGUUCAUGCUGUAUCUAGGGCAUUAGUGGGAUGGCAGCUGUUCUGGCACCCACUCAGAAUGAACCUCAUUCACCACUUUAGGACAAACUUCCCCAAGUACCAAAUGCAGUUUCAGGAUUUCAUUGAUGAAAGUGAGUGGCAGCUAAUCAUUCGAGAGUGUGAGCCAGAUUUCAUACCAAUUGGAGCAGAACCUACUGGUCUAAGAAAUAUUCACAUUUUUGGUUUGGCUAAUGUCUUGAAACGACCAAUCAUAUUGUUGGAUUCAUUGGAAGGCAUACAGAGCCCAGGGGAUUAUUCAGCCAUUUUUCUGCCAUGUUUCUCUUCUCCUUCUGAAUGCAUGAACAAAGAUGGUGUUCUAAACACACCAAUCUGUAUAGCAUGGAGUAGUCCUGGAAGGAAUCACUUCAUACCCUUAGUAGGGGUUAAAGGUAAAAAAUGUCCUGUAUUACCAAAAUUCAUGGUCCAACGUGCCUGGGGAGUUGCAGAUACUGAGAUUCAGAACUAUGUCAAGAUGGAUGAACAAGGCUGCUGUCAGAUUGGUGGUGAAAAAGUUUUGCAGCCGGCUUACUUUCAGCGUCUGGUUGCAGCAAUGUCAGAACUAUUUGACAAGACCAACAGGAUAUCAGCAGCAUUGUUGGCAGACAUGUAUCAUCAUGUGUUUAAAGCUCAUGGUUUUGUGUUUGGUAUGAACAUUGAGCUUCUGAUGGACAAGACUAAACUCAGUGUAGAGGAACGCCUUUUGUUCAUGUGUACAAUGUGUCACAGCCUCUGUUUAGCCAAUGACAUCAGUGAAGAUCGUUUAUACCCAGGGGGUGACUUGUAUGCUCGGGCAGUGUCCUUGGAUGGGAAACUGAGGGAGAAAGUCCCAUACAAACUUCAUGUUUGCAAAGCCUUGUAUGAUGCAACUCAAGAUAGACUAGUAGUUAUUAAAGGAACUCACAAACCUAGUGGCUGUCCUCACUGUGCAAAACCUGAAGCAGAGUUUCGCUUAGUAGAUGCCAACUACAAAGUUCAUUACAAAAAUGGUGACAGGACAACAACAAGGUCUAACAAGUGCAGCUGUGGAUUUAAACAUUUCUAUAAUGGACAUGAGUAUGAUGGGACAUCUAAACGUGUAAAAGUAGACUUGGAGUGGGGAGGCAGAUCAUUUAUUAGAGUCUUGGACUGGUUUCAAGACCAGGAAGAUGUAAACCUCAACAGUAAUGCUUAUGAAUUGGCUCAGAAUUUGGUGCAAGAACUUUUCCCUGGUGAAUUUGGCAGUGAGAGACUUGUUCAGAGAGUUGUGGAUCAAAUCUUGCAACAGACUCAAAUACCUGAGAUGGAUACCAACAGCAUUGUUCCAAAGAGUAGUGGCAGGACUUCUGCAAGUCAGCAUGCAAUGAAUGACCAUCAGGCUUCCUGGUCUGCAGACACUGUGUCUAAAGUCAUUCUAACUGGUCAUCAGAGUGUUCACAAAGAAGAAUUGACCAAAAGUGAAGCUGAGAAAAAGGUGAGGCAACAAAUCAGUGCUAAUGCCCCAAAACAGCAGAGGAAACUCUCUGAUCAAAUGACUGCAGAACGAAGACACUCUCCUGAAAGUGGAAACCAGAAAACUCAAGUCAACCAGUCUUCAGUCUCCAACACAAGUUCAGGGAAUACAGCAGCUGGUUUCUCUAACCCCCUUGCCACCAAUAAGAGAAUCAGGCUGUCAACUUCUGAUGGCAGAAAUGUAACUCUUGAUCUGCCAUCGGAGUGUACAUUCACUGAACUGCAGUCUUUGAUAUCCUCCUCACUGGGUGUAACACCUACCAACCAGAGGAUCAGGCAUGGCUUCCCACCAAGAGAACUUAAACCUCCCCCUGGUUCUGGGAGUGAUUUCAAGGUGCCCAUACAGCCUGGCGAUAAGAUCAUGCUAGAUAUUAUUGAUCAAUUAGAACCUAAAGCUAAAUCUGCUAAAGUUUCAACUGAUGUUAGGAAAAUAAUCCAUCCUCUGACACCAAGCAAAGGUCUUUCAUGGACAUCCUUUGCUGAAGGAGAGUUUGAUGAAGCCUCUGACAGAGUUUUACAAGGACUGAUGGAUCCUUUGCUAACAAGUGGUGGAGAUAACUUAGAUCACUCAUUAUCUGCCCUGGCACUGACUGCUGCCCUUGACAACAAAGAAUUGUGGCCCUAUGUGAUUCAGAGGCCUCACUUGUUUUCUGUCAAUGGUUUGUUUUACAAGCAGGUUGAGAGAGACAUGGGCCUGGAGCAUGGCAAACAUUGCCAGUUACCUCUCUUACCCCACAAGGUUUUUGUGUACAAUAGGUAUGAUGACAGGUUGGAGCUGUGUCUUGAACCGUAUGGACAUUUCCCAAUAGAAAGUAAUGUAGAGAGAAAUGCUUUCUCAAUGCUACCUGCCAGCAAGUGUGUCAGCAAACCAGGAGGAAAACCAUUCACAGGUCAAGGCCACUCACUUAGGUCAAGCACCAGCCAAGAGGAACGAAUGCCCACAGACAUCCCAAUGUCUCCCAAACGUAAUGAAGCACGCAGGCUUAACAACAUGUGUGAUCCAGCCUCCAGACAGGAGUCUAUUGAAGAGGAAGAUGAAGACAUUGAGAAGGUGUUAGAUGACAGUGCCUCUCACCGCUUAAACCCAGCUCAAGUCAUCAGGAAUUUGCCUUUGAUCAAAAAUGCUUUGGGAGCCCAUCUUCCAGAGGCUAAACUGGUUCGCAAGGGCCCUGGUUACAGUGAACUGAGUCCCAUCCCAGAGAAUACAGUCAAUGAACGCAUUGACCUUCUCCAUCAGUGGGUGAACAGGAUGGAGAAAGUUGUGGAAUCCAUUGAUAGAGAUGCUAAAGCUGCAGAAGAAAAAAGUCAGCUUUCUUCUGUCUACAAGAGCACCAAGGAAUCCCCAACACACUGCAGCAGCUUUCCCUCACCACCUAUCUUUCAGGCAUUAGAGAACAAGUCCAAUGAGCUAGCAUCUUUGAACAGGUUCAGUGAGUCAGGAAUGAACAAUUCUAGUCGGUCCCCAGCCUCUCCUUCUGAAGCAACUAAUGUUCAUUUGAACAGCAAGGAAUAUAAUGAAAGUCUGAAGUCAGACCUUAGUGUCUCCCCCAGCAAGUCAUCAGAGAGUUGGUCAGGACAGAGCAAUCCUAUUGCAGCUUUAGCUGAGAAGGUGGCCUUUAACAUAGCAGCUAUGGACACAGAGUCUGACUUGUGCAGCUCAAGACAAUGUACUCCUCUUAAUGACAGUCAUGUGCAGAGUCAGGAUGUUACAAUGGAGGCUACAGUAACAUCUUCUGAAACAUAUAUAGAAAGUGACAUGUCUGACAAUAUAAUAGCUAUCACUGAACAGGCUCCUGACAGUGACAGGGAAGAUUUAAAGAACAAUGCCUUGCCAGAAUUGAUGGAUAGCUCUUAGGUCUAAGAAUGAAUACCAAGAGAUCAAAGACUUCAGUAUUUUGUCAACUUCAUUGUUAGGAAGUCAAGCUGCUGACUUCGGAGGAGCAUUUUAUCUACAUGGCAAUGGCCAGUUGGUGGACACACCUUAUGCCCAUUGUGAAUCAAGUGGAGAGAUUGUCAACUGACCUAAGUGUAGUUUGUGUGAUAUUCUUACACUUGUAUUCUAACCACCUGGACAGUGUCCAGUGCUGACCUUACACUUUGACAGAGAACUCAUUGCUAACUUCAAAACUAAGACUGAUCUGAUUUUAAAGUUGAACUUGUUUGUACUUUCACUAAGAUAAAGAUUGAACAAAGUGUUCAAGUUGCUAUGGGCUUUAAUUUGAUAGUUAACAUAACUCAGAUGAAAAUGUUUGAUAAUGAAUAGAAAAUCUACACAGAGAUCAGUCAGGACUUUAUGGUCAAAUAUUUGUUUACUUAUAGUGAAGGUGCUUUCUGACACCCAUAUCUCUUUGUUAUAGCUAAUAAAGAAUGUUUUUGGAAUCUGAUCACCAGGCCCCUUUGUAACAUCCAGAGUCUUAUCCUUAUCUAACAAAAAUGUGUCACUAUACUUGCUCUAGGUGUUGUAAUACUGUGCCAAAUUCUUUUGUGCAAUGAUUGAUCAUUGCUAACAAAUACAUUCAUUAUUUAAAUAAUACAUAACAGAAAACUUAAGCAUUGCCAUCUGUCUGGCUGUUAAACUGGCAUAGCACUGUUUUGUUAGUUUAAAAGUUGCUAAAAAAUUUAUAUGAAAAGAAAGUUUGACUUUUUUCCCAUCUAUUGUUAACUUAUAAAUAUCUUAUCAAGAAUCUAUAGUUAACAUUUUUUCUGUUUAGUUCUCUGUAAAUAAUUCAAUGUACUACUUUUCAUUUGGACGUUUAGAAAGUUGAUGGGGAAGUUACACAAGUAAUUGUGAUGUUGGCUAGAACUUUGUCACAAAAGUCACAUGUAAAAACUAGAGUGUAGCAACAAAUGUUGAGAAUACAUCAAAGGAAUAAAAUAGUUUGCUCAAAUACUGCUGGACUACGAGUCACUGGUUCAUGAACUGGUUCAGUAUUCAAGGAAAAGAGUUGUUACUAAGAAAACACUUUUAAUACUACUAGAAGUACAAAGUGAUGUUAACUUGACUUGUAACUUUUCUAUUUUAGUCUGCAACAUGAUUACAGUCAGUGUUUUGUCAUCACCCUUCACAGUUCCCAUCUCUAAUCAUUUCUCUAAAAUCUCACCAUCAGCUAGCCAUGCGUCCCAUCAACCAUCUUACUAAUGUCAGUUGUUUGUCUUCAUUCAUUUGGAUUGAUUUGUCACUCAAACUAGAAACUAACGGAAUUUUUUUGUUUCACAAACGUUUUUGUUUUUUUUAAACCUUUCUCUAAUUUUCUUUUUAUAAAUAAAUAUUUCAAGCAUUUUUUUUUCACAAGAGCCUAACAGCUCAGCAGCAAAAAGAAUAAGAAAUGUAUAUUUAUUAAUAAUUUGCAAUAUCUAUAUAUCCAAGGUCUUUUCCCAUACCUAAAGUAGCCAUCACAAUUUAGAAAAAAAAAGAAAUUCUAUAUGAUAAAUAAAAUAAAAAAAGGGCAGAUGUCUAUUGAUUCUGAACUUUAUUUAUAGUUUGGGUGUUAUAAUCAGUUGUAAUGAACAAUAGAUGAAGUAUUUUAGUUUGUGAAAUCAGUUGAAGUCAAUUAUAUAUGCACAGAAUGUCUUAUAAUGUAAGCUACUAAUAUGUUGUCCUAAGAAUUAUGUUAAGAAUCCAAAAUUUAUUAAACCACAUUAACUGCUAGGGUCUGGUGCUACUAGACCUAGUUGUAAUCUUUGCUCAGUCUUAUCUUUUUUUUAUUGCUAUUUUCUAUUGGUUUACAUUGAAAAAAAAUACUGUCUAUUUGAAGUUUUCUUUCACAUUGUUUUCUUUGAAUUAAAAUGCAAUUUUCCAUACAGUUUAUGUUUAAUCUCAUUGUUUUUAUUUUAUUACAAGAUAUCUGUUUCAUUGAAGGUGUCUCAUCAGAUGAAUAGACUAAUAUUUGUAAUCUGUUUCUUUUGAUUUUGACAUCAACUGCUUACUCUUUAAAAAAAAAGUAAUUUGGGAAAUAUAAUUUGUAUUUGUUCUAUAAAUAUCAGAAUUAUUUUAUUUCUAAUUAGCAAACUGUUAGAAAUGUUAAAUGGUUUUUAAUUUUUGUUGGUAAUGAGUCAUCGAGAAUCUCUCUCCUUUUUAUAGGAGCAAAGAAUCAAUACUUUUCAAGGUUUAGAUAUUUUAAGAAUUCAUAGUUAUUGGAUGACAACAUUAGUAACUCAAUUUCUGUUGUAAUUUUUAGUUCAGCAACUCAUGUAAUAGACAAAUAGAAGAGUUUCAUGUUCACAGGAAGUGACACAAAGUCAGUCUUGUGACCAGUUGUGGGAUCUACUUGUUCAAAAGUUUAAUAACUUAAGUCCAUAAAUGCAAGGGAGACUUUUACUUGUGCAUAGUGCCCAUUGUCUCCAAUUUUUGAAGUUUCUGGCCCUAGUUUAAACCUGUGACAUCUGGCCCUAAGUGUAAAAAGUGUCUUGGUUUAAACCUGUGACAUCUAGCCCUAAGGAUAAAAAGUGUCUUGGUUUAAUCCUGUGACAUCUAGCCUUAAGCGUAAAAAGUGUCUUGGUUUAAACCUGUGACAUCUAGCCCUAAGGGUAAAAAGUGUCUUGGUUUAAUCCUGUGACAUCUAGCCUUAAGCGUAAAAAGUGUCUUGGUUUAAACCUGUGACAUCUAGCCCUAAGGGUAAAAAGUGUCUUGGUUUAAACCUGUGACAUCUAGCCCUAAGGGUAAAAAGUGUCUUGCUUUAAACCUGUGACAUCUGGCCCUAAGUGUAAAAAGUGUCUUGCUUUUAAGCUGUAACAUCUAGCCCUAAGGGUAAAAAGUGUCUUGCUUUAAACCAUGACAUCUAGCCCUAAGGGUAAAAAGUGUCUUGCUUUAAACCUGUGACAUCUAGCACUAAGGGUAAAAAGUGUCUUGCUUUCAACCAGUGACAUCUAGCACUAAGGGUAAAAAGUGUCUUGCUUUCAACCUGUGACAUCUAGGAUAUAAAAACAUACUUUAACUCUAGGCCACUCAGUUUCAAUAUUGCUAAAAAGACUAACUAAUACAGACUUGUAUUUUUUAAAAAUGUUUAUGUACACUGGUUAGUGUUGCCUUUUUGUCAGUUUGAGUACUAGGACAUGUUUUGUUCAAUCAGUAUGUUUUCAUUUAACUCAUGAUAUUAUUUUGUUGAGAUGUUUGUUCAGUACAUUGCUUUCACUCUGUCAUGAAAUUCUUGAAUGAAUAACAGGAGGAACUGAACUUAUAGAAAUGUUGCUUUAUUUUCAGUUCAACAUUUUUUUGGGUAUUAAAAAUAGAAACAUUUUUCA